AUGUAUUUGUGGCAGCUUCUUCUGCUUGCCCUCCUGACCUCGGAUUCGGCAAGAGCUGCGGUUUCGGUGCCCUCCGAGUACAACUCCAGCUACGCGAGCAUGACUGUGACAACGGAGCGCUACGCCUGCAGUGGCGAGCUUACUGGCACCAGAGAUUCAACACAAGUCGGCAGCAUCGUGUUGGGAUCACACAUGUGCGCGGAACGCUCGUCUUUCUUCGAGUGCUCCUUAAAUGGAUCGAACAUCGGCCACUUUGACUGCUCCUCGAACGCUUUGAUGGAGGAGUUUUCCUCGGGCUCCUGCUUAAGAUGUGACGACUACAACUUCUCCUGCGACAAGAUCUGGUGGAAGGGGACCUUCUACGACGCAAGAUACUUUAAACCCGUGUGCAGCAUGCCCUCAGCCGGCAAUUUGGAUUCCGGCUGCCACUCGCGCCUUGAACUCUGGUCCUCCCUCCUCGUGUUUGCCUCCAUGCUGUCGAGCUCUGGGUGA